AUGACAUCCCAGGAGCAGCUGGUACAGCACGUUCUUCAGGAGCUGCAGGAGGCCGUGGAGUCGGAGGGCCUGGAGGGGCUGGUGGGGGCUGCCCUGGAAGCCAAGCAGGUCCUGUCCACCUUCGCCCUCCCCACUUCACGGGAAGGAGCCACUUCCCUGCAGAAGCUGGAGGUGGAUUCAGUGGCACUGAGCCUGUACCCCAAUGAUGCACCUCGGAACAUGCUGCCGUUGGUAUGCCGGGGCCAGGGCAGCCUGCUGUUCGAGGCGGCCAGCAUGCUGCUCUGGGGGGACGCGGCCUUGAGCCUGGAGCUACGGGCACGCACCGUGGUGGAGAUGCUGCUGCACCGUCAUUAUUACCUACAGGGCAUGAUCGAUUCCAAGGUGAUGCUGCAAGCUGUGCGCUACUCCCUGUGCUCCGAGGGACCGGAGAUGACCAGCUUGUUGGCCACUUUGGAGGCCAUCUUCGAUGCUGACGUCAAAGCCACCUGCUUCCCCAGCAGCUUCUCCAAUGUCUGGCACCUGUAUGCCCUGGCGUCCGUGCUGCAACGUAACAUCUACUCCAUCUACCCCAUGCGUAACCUCAAGAUUCGCCCCUACUUCAACCGUGUCAUCCGGCCACGUCGCUGCGACCACAUGCCGGCCACGCUGCACAUCAUGUGGGCCGGCCAGCCCCUGGGUGGACACCUGUUCCGCCACCAGUACUUUGCACCGGUGGUGGGGCUGGAAGAGGUGGAGGCCGACGUGGCACCUGCUCCUCCUGGGCUGAGCUCGCUGUCUGCCCCUUCCAAGACCCUGGAGCCCCUCAACCAGUUCUGCGAGAGCCCCAGUGUCACCAAGGGUGCCUUCUAUCGCUGGUGCGGCCAGUCCCAGGAGCACCGGGAGAAGCUGGCCACCCGCUUCUCGGCCAAGCACUUCUUAAAAGACAGCUUGCACCGUGGGGAUUUGGUGCCCUUGCAGCAGUUCCUCCAGCGGUUCCCUGAUAUCUCCCGCUCUACCUACUAUGCCUGGAAGCAUGAGCUGCUGGGUUCUGAGGCCUGCCCACCUCUGGGCACCCCAGAGACUCCAGAGAAGCUCCCCGAGGAGCCAGGGCCUGCCGGGCUGGGGUGCUCCGCACAGGCCCCUGCAAACCCUGGACUGGUCCUGAUGCAGCGGGCCAAGCUCUACCUGGAGCAUUGCAUCUCCCUAAACACGCUGGUGCCUUACCGCUGCUUCAAACGCAGGUUCCCAGGCAUAUCCCGCUCUACCUACUACAAUUGGCGAAGGAAGGCCCUCCGGAGGAACCCUGGUUUCACACCACCCCCGGCCCUUUCGGGGACCCAGAAUCCCCAGGCUGCAUGGGUGGGAGAAGAACCCCAACUCCCUGAGAAGGGUGAGGCGGAAGAGGGCACAGAGAAAGCAAGGGAUGCGGGGGAGCCAGGAACCCCCCAGGAGCUCCCACCCCUAAGAGUGUCCCUGUACCGUUGGCAGCGACGCCAGCGCAGGGUGGCCCGCAAACAGGUGCGGAGUCGGCACCUCUCCUUCUGCCGCUUCCGUCUCCGCUAUCCCCACCUGUCACCUUCCUCCUUCUGGUUCUGGAGAAGUCUUAUGCCCAGGUGGCCCAGACACCAGUCCAAGCACCAGAGGCAGGUCCGCUCCUCCAGCCGAGGUGGGGUGCAGGAGGCUGCUGAGAAGAGGGAGAAAGAAGCCAGCAUGAAUGAUGCCCUGGCUGAGACCACCACUCCAGGGACCUCGAGUCUGGGGGUAUCUCCAAAAGAGGCUCAGAGAAGACCUUCCGGAGAGGGUACCCCCAUGCAAGACGGGAGCCUGGCCCAGAGCCUUCUCCAUAGUGAAUCUCUGCCCAGCCCCACGACUGCAGCAAGAAGUGGGGAUGGGCAGGUUCUGGUGAUGGACAUGCUGACCAGCACCAAGUUCAAGGCCCAGGCGAAGCUGUUCCUGCAGAAGCGCUUCCAGUCCAAGAGUUUCCCCUCGUACAAGGAGUUCAGCGCCCUCUUCCCACUCACGGCCCGCUCCACCUACUAUAUGUGGAAGCGGGCGCUCUAUGAUGGCCUCACCCUUGUCGACGGCUGA